GGACGUGUCCCUUGUCCCUUCCCUUCUCUUGCUCUCCCAACAGACAGCACGCUCUCACCUUGAGGGGAGUGGAAAUGUCAGCUGGAAUGUGGGCUGGAAAAAAAGAAAGCAAAUCUUGAGGCUCGUCCAAACCUACUCCUGUUUAUAUUGGAGCCUGGGAGUGACAUCAGAGCGAAGAGAGUAUAAACACCAGCAGGACCCACUCGGGGCUUUAAAGCCUGCAAACAUGAGGCUCCGGCUGGAGAAGCAGCUCCUCAUCCUUUCCCUGCUCUGCAUCCUCUCCAAGGUGUGCUCCCAGCUGUGCCGACGGCCGUGCUACUGCUCCCACGUGCUGCCCCGCUGCCCACCUGGGUCCCCCCUGGUUCUGGAUGGCUGUGGUUGCUGCAGGAUCUGCGCUCGGCGCCUGGGAGAGCCCUGCGACUACCUGCAUGUCUGCGACCGCAGCCAGGGGCUCAUCUGUGACUACAGCUCGGGGACAGGAGGCACCUGCAACUUUGAAGACGACGAGGAGGGCUGUGAGGUGAAUGGGCGGCUGUACCGUGACGGGGAGGUGUUCCAGCCCAGCUGCAAGCUGCAGUGCCGCUGCCUGGAUGGGGGCUUCACCUGCGUCCCGCUCUGCCAGGAGGACGUCCGCCUGCCCACCCCAGACUGCCCCUACCCACGGCGUGUGGACGUCCCAGGGAAGUGCUGCCCUGAGUGGGUCUGCGAGGCCGGAGAGCGGCAGAGCACUGGGGCAGCCCCCGCAGUGCCGUACCUCUGCCAGCCGUGGGGCACGGAGUGGGGCGCCUGCUCGGCCACCUGCGGCGUGGGCUUCUCCACCCGCAUCUCCAACCAGAACCGCUACUGCCGGCUGGAGACACAGCGGCGGCUCUGUGUGCUCAGGCCCUGCCCGGCUCUGCCGGCGGCAUCCCCUCUGGUAAGCGAUGGUGAUGCCAACACCUCCAGGCAGCAGCUUGGAGUGGGAAUGGGACAUCCCAGCCAACAUCCCGUGCACGCCCCACCAGCCCCCCAGCCAUGAGUCCUCCGGCAUCCACUGUCCCCACAUCGCUUCGCUUUGCCUUUCCAGAGGGGAUGAGGAGGGUGUUUGCAGCCGUGCCCACCCUGGUUGUGUCCCGGAGCCAAUGUCCCGGCACAGAAGCUGGCACACAUCCGUGACACUGUGGUUUUGGAGGAGAUGGAAGACAUGUCCCUUGGGAAUCUGGGGGAGAACCGAUGGACUUCAGCUGCAGAGGAGGGUGGAAAUAGAGAACAAGAUCCCUACAACACGCCUCUGUACUCUGCUGCCCUGGGUUGGGUUGCUGGGCAGCAGCACCCUGUUGUAUCAGAUGGGGAAAUCCUGCCCCAAGCACAAACCCACUUGAGAAAAAGGGACGUGGUACUUUCCUGGAUCAGAGAGGCCUUUGGAAAGGGCUGAGUGAUGCUGCUGUGCCAAGCACCGCACACACAGCUCUGCUCUGCAGAAUUAGACCACUAGCGGGAUGCCCCGUGCCCCCCACGCUGGGGAUGGGGGCUCGCUGUCCCACCACACCCGGGCACCGGCAGAGGUGUUUUCCUGGCAGCAGCUCCCAUUCACCUUCCACACAUCCCUCCAGGACAAACAACUCCCUGCUCCGCCUGGCUGCCUGCUCUUCAAAGCCCGGCGGUUUGGCAGGGCUUUGGCAGGCGAGCAGCUCAGACGGAGGAGGCACCAGACAUACCACCCUGCAUCCAAGCGCAUACCCCAAAAACUAAGGCCAGCAGAAAGGCGGGAGACGGGAAAACAAACAGCAGCGAUGAGCCCAACGGGCUGGAGCUGCUCCAGCGUGCGGAGCUGCACAGGAGAGCGGAGCGGCAGUGAACCUUUAGAAGCUGCUCGGAAACGAAACCCAAAUGCCCUCUAACGGCCUCGCAGCGAUGUGCAGAGCAGGGCGAGAAGGGCGGCGAGCAGAGCAGGCGAGACCGCGCAGCUUGGCUGUGCACCCCUGCCAUCAAAGCAUUGUGAACGUGAUUGCAGCACGGCCAGCAGCAGAGCCCAGCAGCUCCAGCAAGUGCCGGAAAUAAAUCAGUAUUGAAGGGUGUUGUCACAUCUUUGGGGGAAAAAAUAAAGGAGAAAAAA